AUGCAUGCAUUAUCGAAAAAGCAUUUCUAUGAUGUGAUGAAGGGCAGUCAAGAGGACACAAUACUUGAAUAUAAUUCGGAUGAUGAGAACGAGAACUACGAUGUGGAUAUUGAAGCGAAAUCUACCUCAGACGUGGGCUGCUUCACUAGGUGCCACACGAAGUCGUACGGCGUUCAAACACAGUGGAGUCGGAAUAACAAGAAUUUCCGCAAUGAGUACACAAACACCAGCGACGUACUCAGUGAGUCGACUUUGCCAAACAGUGAUACCAGCAGAUACAUUGCGAUCCACCGCAGCUUGAGCUGUGAAGAUAUCGCUGUCUCUCGAAUUCGCAGUGCACAGACCUCAGGCCCCAUCACUUACAGUACGACUUACAGUAAAAAUGAUGUCUGCGUUGAAGCUGUGACUGGUGUGCAGUUACAGAAAAGGGGAUUCUUGAAAUCCGCGGCGGAUAAUCCUUCAAAAUUUACGAUAACUGAUGACUUAUAUCAAUGGUCUGACAAGAGUAUUGAGCACCAAUGUUGCACGAUGGAGGCGGGUCAUCAAACUGAACAAACUUGCUUCUGUCAUGAACUUGUGGAUUUGCCAUGCCAGAGGGGUGUGACUGCUUGCCAUGCCUUCACUCUAGGCACCACAGAGACACGACGGAUACAGAAUGAAAACAGUAAGAGCAAAUUAAUUGGUGGCUUCCGUGUACCAGUUUGCAAAGGUCAUAAAAGAUUUUAG